UCUAUGAAAUCUUUUUAUGGCUGUCUGCUGUCUGCUUAACUGGGCAUUGAUGUUGGAACUUCGAAUAUUGGCGCAUUUGAGCGAAGACGCAGGUCUUUGUUCUGUUCUUAGCCAACCCGAUGGCGAUGUUUUCCGCGGCAUUGUAUCGGUUUGGAAAAAGAAAAAGCAAGAAGAAGUCAGAGACGAUGAAAGGCAAAAAGCGAAACAAAUCUUCUACGGGAUUGUUUACGGCAUGGGAUGUAAAAGUUUAGCCGAACAGUUGGAAGUCGGGGAAGAAGAGGCUCAACUCUUUGUUAACACUUUCCACGCAAGGUAUCCUAGUAUACAAAGCUUUAUAACAAACACAGUUAACCAGUGCCGCACGAAUGGAUUUGAUGAUGUUGAUGCCUAAUUUUCUUGACAGGUCAACCGAUGUGGAAAAAAAUUCAGGAGGAAAAUGAAUUGAACUGCUGACAUUGGCCUAUUCUGGAAUACAUCAGUUUGCAUCAUAAUCAGAAAGGUAAUAUUGCCUCUUUUAAUUCCUUAUCCAGUUGUAGCUAUGACUUGAGUCUGCGUAGAUAAAUUUCUUAGCUUUAUUUGAAAUUUGAGGCUGUGAUAACUUUUUGAAAACGACAAGAUAUUUUCUAAACUAAAACUUCACUAGAUCUACCCAAAAGCAAGCAAUCUUUAUUUCAACAUAUAGAUAGAAAUUACUUGUUACACCAAAAGUACCCCGCCAGGGUGUGUUCUGUUAUUUCCCGCCCGAAUUAUUUUGGGUAGCUUUUUUUCUCAGAAUUUAUUAAUCACAUCGUCAUGGUUUCAACUGCGCUAGGUUGGUUUACGUUAACGAUCACAUCAUCGCCGUGUCUGAUCCUUUUCGAUUGCACAAUAUGAUGCAGCGAGUGUGGGUGUAUGUCGAAAAUAUAAAUUACGCAGAAACCUCCAUAGAAGGGAAACUUAUGUGAUUAGCAUCACACACACACACACACACACACACAAGAGAAUCCAAACACAUCCUUUGUUAUUCAGAUUAUUUUCCCUUUUUUUUUUUUUUUUAUGUGUAAGGACAAGAGAAGGAAAACGCUGGAACUGUGUGCUACAAUCAUGAUUCUUCUUAUAUUCUCCUUCGCUGGAAAACGAUACUUUAUUGUGUCAUGACCAAGAUGCUUAACAGGCGUCGGAAAAAAAAAAAAGAGGUUUGUCUUCCAACAAAUGAAUACAGACUUACUUGACUCCCAAUUACAACUCGAAAGGUCAAGCGUUGGAAUGGGAUUGGCCCCCAUUGCAAUGCAAGACUG